GCUAUUAUGCAAAAUAUGUUCCUAAUAUUCAUGUCUAGAAUUUCUGAUUCUUUCUUCAAAACACGUUUUCAUCCUAGAUACAACUUUUUUUAUCUAGGAAGGAAGAAAUGGUUUUGAAGUAUAUUAAGGGAAUAAUUUUCCUCUUUCUCACUGUGGUUGGUACUCUGGGGAAUAUUUUUGUUUCUGUUAAUUAUUUGUCCAGUUUAUUGGGAGGCCCUGAGAAGAAACCCAUACACCUCAUUCUCAUCCACUUGGGUUUUACAAACAUCAUACUCUUUCUUGCAAAAGGAUUGCUAAAGAUAAUUGCAGGUUUUGGGUUGAGAAACUUCCUAGAUGACAUAGGCUGUAAGAUCAUUGUUUACCUGGAGAGGGUGGCUCGUGGCCUCUCCAUCUGCACCAGCAGUUUCCUCACUGUGGUCCAGGCCAUCAUCAUCAGUCCCAAGGGAUCUCGAUGGAGGAGGCUCAGGCCAAAGUCUUCAUGGCACAUCCUUCCAUUGCUCUCAUUCUUUUGGAUACUCAAUGCUUUGAUCAGUAUGAACUUACCAUAUUACAUUAAAAAUACCAAUAGUGUGAACUUAACACAGGUUAAAAAAAGUGGCAACUAUUGCUAUUUUCUGCCUGAAAGCUUGAUCACAAGAUGGAUUUUUCUCACCCUCAUGGUCCUGAGAGAUGCAGUGUUUCAGGGUGCCAUGGGAGGGGCCAGUGGCUACAUGGUAUUUCUUCUCCACAAGCACCAUCAGCAUGUCCUCUACAUUCAAAACUCCAAGCUUCUCUACAGAACUCCCCCUGAGCUGAGAGCCGCUCAAAGUGUCCUCCUUCUGAUGCUCUGUUUUAUUUUCUUCUACUGGACUGAUUGUACCUUUUCUCUAUUUGUAAGUAUCUCUUCAAGGGACAAUUCUUUGAUGGUAAGUAUUCGAGAAUUUCUGACCCUUGGUUAUGCAACUUUUAGCCCACUUGUGCUAAUUCACAGGGAUGGACUUCUAGUUGGAUGUUGGCAUACUCGCCGGGAGAAACUAAGAAAAUGUCUCUCUCAUUUAUCUGUUUAA